CGGUCUUGCGUGUUUAAUCCGCCUUUCCGCAUGACGGCCCGGCUUGUGGCUGCACUUCACUGUAGUUGAACCUCCGAACCCACGUCCUCCGAAAAUCUACGACUCUUGUCAUUGCUUCCUUCAAAGAAGUAACUAGGAGUUACCUAGUAACUUGGGGAGUUUCCAAGUUGAGCUCGGACCACGGCCCUCUCUGCCACCGCCCGAAUUUCUGCCACUUUCAAUUGAUUCGCGCGCCUGCCGUCAGAACGAAAACGCCCAACGAUGGCCUCGCCAUCGCCGCACUCUCCCCCGUCCUCGCACCCGCAGCAGCCUAGCAUCAACAACAUGUCUACCAACAAGAAACGCACCGCCGAUGGCGCCGCAGCGCCCGCUUUGAAGCGCCGCAAACCUUCCACAAUCUCGACAGCCUCGGGGCCAACAUCAGCACACCCGCUCCGCCAAACCUCGUUUCCGCCCGAUCUCGACGACUCGUCAUCGGCGUUCUUUGGCGCGCGGUCCCCGUCCGCCGACGCCGACGCUAUGAGCCUCGUCAGCGGCAGCCAGGUCAGCACCGCCGCGCCGCUGAAGAAGAAGCGCGGUCGCAAAUCCAAGGCCGAGAAAGCGCGGGAGCAGACGCCGUCGGUAGCCGGCGGCCGCGCGCCCACGGCCGUCAGCGGCGUAAGCGAAGGCGGUGUCCGGGGAAGCAAGAGCGUGGCUGGCGGCGCGGGCGGUGGCGACGAGGGCGAGGGCGAGGACGAAGGCCCGACCGAAGUCGCCGCGACGGCGGACGUCCGGACCAAGGAGCAAAAGGAGGAGGAGCACCGCCUGAGGGGCAUGCUCAUCAGUGCGCUCUCGGAAGACCAGUUCUACCGCUUUGAGAAUUGGCGCGCUGCGAAUCUGAGUAAGGCGUCUGUCAGAAGGCUCGUCAACGCGACAAUUUCUCAAUCCGUCGCCGAGAACGUCGUCAUCGGCAUGCGUGCAGUGGCCAAGGUCUUCAUCGGCGACAUCAUUGAGAGCGCGCGGCGGGUGCAGGGCGAGUGGAUCGAGAAGCUGGGCGAGAAACAAACCGACUUCCCGACACCCCCGGCCACCGCCGCGCCAACGCCGACGGCCGACGGCGGUGAUGCAGAUGAUGCGCAGAAGAGGGAAACGAAAGAUUCCGAGGUCGACGACCGUCGGGGGCCCCUCCGGCCGGAGCAUCUCCGUGAGGCAGUCCGACGGUACAGGAAGGGCUUCGAGGGCGGCGGUGUUGGCAUGCAAUGGAUUUUUCACCAGCAACAGCAGGGUGGAGUGGAAAGGUUCCCCACGCGGACAGGAGGGCGCAGGAUAUUCCGUUGACACGGUCGCAA